AUGGGGAUCUGGGGCUGGCCGUGGGGGCGGCGUGGGCUCUCGGGCUUCGGAUCCGCGUCCACCGCUGAGGACAUCGCCGCCGGCAUCGACGCCAGCCAUCUCACAGCCAUCGUCACUGGAGCAACAAAUGGCAUUGGCAAGGAGACGGCCAGAGUUCUUGCACUGAGGGGAGCAAACGUGAUCAUACCAGCAAGGACGCUCGAGAGUGGCCUGAAGGUGAAAGAGAGCCUCGCUGAAGAGGUCCCGAGCUCCAAGCUACAUGUCAUGGAGAUGGAUCUGAGCUCCCUCGACUCUGUGCGCACCUUCGCGGGCUCCUUCAACUCCUCCCAUAAGCAUCUGAACGUCCUCAUAAACAAUGCAGGAAUAAUGGCCUGCCCUUUCCAGCUAUCCAAAGAUGGCAUUGAGCUACAAUUCGCAACGAAUCAUCUCGGCCAUUUCUUGCUGACAAAUCUUCUACUUGACAAGAUGAAAUCAACUGCCAAGGAGACCGGUGUGCAGGGUAGGAUCGUAAACCUAGCUUCAACAGCUCAUAGAAGGAGUGAUGGCAAAGGCUUUGAUCUGAACAAGCUGAACAACGAGUCCAACAGGAAGAAGGAUGUGAUCUGA